AGAAAAAUCUGACACUUUCUCUCUCAUAGGACACUUUUUCUUUGCCCAAAAUUUUCACUGGUAUAUAAAAAAUAGACCCCCAAAUAAGAAAAUAAUGGCGAUUGUAUGUUCAGUCAUUGAUUGGAGGGGCAAAGCAAUAGAAGAAAAGACAGAGAGAGAGUAGAAAGCAAAGCAAAGCAAGCAGCAAAAGGCAAAGAGUAGCAAGUAGUACAAGUCGUAAGCCGCAGGGAAGAGGGAACUUUUUCUCUCUCACUCUCUUCCCUUUCUUUCUCUGCCGGUAGUCACCACCACCUCUACUGUUUCCAUUACUGGAGAAAAAAAAAAAGAGCCCACUCACUUAUAAACCAGUAAAAAUUUCUACAUCUUUAAAAUCCUCGACCAUACAUAUUAUAAAACGUGAGCAUAUUCUUCUGCAAAAACAUAUCUAUAAAUACCCAAUACCUCUUCUAAAAACAGUUGGACUGUACGAACGAGAGAAAGCUUUGAGAGAAGAAAACCCAAAUGCAUCAUAGUAAUAGUUCUCCUAUCUAGUACUACUUGAUUCUUUCAGGUUGUACCUUUUGCGUCAUUUUUUAUUUGGUUUGUGAGUGAGAGCAAAGAUCUGGACUUUUUCUUUGUUAAAAAAAGAAACUUAUUGGCGAGAGGCUGGAAAAAUCGUUAUCUUUCAAGCUGAGAUCUAUUCGGUAUUUUUCGGUUGCUGUGGUUAGUGGUUACAAGCUUCGAGGAACUCAAAGAAAAAAGCUGGAGUUUUGUUCACACUUUAAGGAUCAAAAGUCUUUGUUUUUGGGAGGUGAAAUGUGGGGCUAGAGUGUUGGAACAUAAAAAAGAGAAGGUUAUGUUGUUGUUUUAGCAUUAAGGUUUGGGUUUAAGAGAAAACACUUGGGUUUUUGGAUGGAGAAGAAGAAGUUGGAGGCGGAUGAGGCUGAAAGCGAUUGUCUUUUGUAGCAGAACAGGUUUCGGUUGAAACCAAAAAAAAAAAAGGACAAUAAGUCUUGGGGCUUUGUGGGUUUGUGUUGUUUUUUAAAGUCUUUUCUUUGUGGGUAAAUUGUCAGCUUUUUGCUCAAUUGCAUGGUGUUAUAUUGUGGAGACAAAGGAGUUAAAAGAAAGUUUUUGGAGUGUGGGUGUCCUUUGGAGGAUUUCGGUGCUUAAUUGGUGUGGUUAAAGGAGGGGUUUUUGGGGUGGGGGUCUUUUUCUUGAGGUAUAAACUUGGGAUUUAAAGGUGUUUUAAAUUUAUUUAGAAAAAAAUGAAACUUUCUUCAGCUGGUUUCAAUCCACAAAGUCAGGAAGGAGAGAAGAGAGUUCUGAACUCUGAACUUUGGCAUGCAUGUGCGGGUCCUCUUGUUUCUCUACCUCCGGUUGGAAGUAGGGUUGUUUAUUUCCCACAGGGUCAUAGCGAACAGGUAGCUGCAUCAACCAACAAGGAAGUGGAUGCCCACAUACCUAACUACCCAAGUUUACCUCCACAACUUAUUUGUCAGCUCCAUAAUGUUACCAUGCAUGCAGAUGUUGAGACAGAUGAAGUUUACGCACAAAUGAUGUUGCAGCCACUGAGUCCGCAAGAACAAAAGGAGGCUUACCUACCAGUAGAGUUGGGCACUCCCAGCAAACAGCCAACAAAUUAUUUCUGUAAAACAUUAACAGCCAGUGACACAAGCACUCAUGGAGGGUUCUCUGUUCCUCGCCGAGCAGCUGAAAAAGUGUUUCCUCCACUGGACUUCUCCCUGCUGCCUCCAGCUCAAGAGUUGAUUGCAAGGGACUUGCAUGAUAAUGAAUGGAAAUUUAGGCAUAUAUUUCGGGGUCAGCCCAAAAGGCACCUCUUGACAACAGGAUGGAGUGUGUUUGUAAGUGCUAAAAGACUAGUUGCGGGUGAUUCAGUGCUUUUCAUCUGGAAUGAAAAAAAUCAAUUACUUCUUGGUAUCCGACGAGCUAAUCGACCUCAAACUGUAAUGCCAUCAUCAGUUUUAUCAAGUGAUAGCAUGCACUUAGGGCUUCUUGCUGCUGCCGCUCAUGCAGCUGCCACAAAUAGUCGCUUCACUAUAUUUUAUAACCCAAGGGCUAGUCCAUCAGAGUUUGUCGUACCUCUGGCAAAAUAUAUCAAAGCUGCCUAUAAUACUCGAGUUUCUGUUGGUAUGCGUUUUAGAAUGCUGUUUGAAACAGAAGAAUCAAGUGUUCGUCGAUACAUGGGCACAAUAACUGGCAUAAGUGAUUUAGAUCCUGUUCGGUGGCCAAAUUCACAUUGGCGAUCAGUGAAGGUUGGCUGGGAUGAAUCAACAGCUGGAGAAAGGCAGCCAAGAGUCUCCUUGUGGGAGAUUGAACCACUGACAACAUUCCCCAUGUAUCCAUCUCCAUUUGCUUUAAGGCUUAAGCGACCAUGGCCACCAGGAUUACCUUCUUUCCAUGGCAUCAAGGAUAAUGAUCUAGGCAUGAAUUCUCCACUUUUGUGGCUGCGAGGAGAUGCUGAUGGAGGAAUGCAGUCUCUGAAUGUUCAGGGGAUUGGAGUUACACCAUGGAUGCAGCCAAGGAUGGAUGCUUCCAUACCAGGUUUGCAGCCUGACAUGUACCAAGCUAUGGCUGCUGCUGCACUGCAAGAGAUGAGAGCAAUGGAUCCUUCCAAAGCUGCUACUGCUUCCCUUCUGCAAUUCCAGCAACCCCAAAAUCUACCUUACAGGCCUGCAGUUUUAAUGCAGCCCCAGAUGUUGCAGCAGUCUCAGCCUCAGGCCUUUCUUCAGGGUGUUGAAGACAACCAGCAUCAGUCUCAGGCUCAGGCUCAGGCUCAAACUCAGCCACAUAUUCUUCAGCAACAAUUGCAGCACCAGAAUUCAUUUAAUAAUCAACAGCAACACCAACACCAACAGCAGCUGCAGCAUCCACUGUCACAGCAACACCAGCAACUGGUUGACCAUCAGCAGAUUUCUAGUGCAGUGUCUGCUAUGUCACAGUAUGCUUCAGCCUCUCAAUCCCAGUCAUCACCUUUGCAAGCCAUACCUUCACUCUGCCAACAACGGAGUUUUUCUGAUUCAAAUGUGAACCCUGUGACCAGCCCUAUUGUCUCUCCUUUGCAUAGUCUUUUGGGCUCUUUUCCCCAAGAUGAAUCAUCCAAUCUGCUCAACUUCCCUAGAUCCAACCCCGUACUAACUCCUGCUGCAUGGCCAUCCAAGCGGGCUGCUGUUCAACUUCUCUCAUCUGGAUCUCCACAGUGUGUUAUGCCCCAGGUGGAACAGUUGGGACCAGUCCAGACAAAUACGUCUCAAAAUUCUAUAUUAUUGCCACCAUUUCCUGGCAAGGAGUGCUCGAUCGACCAAGAAGGGGGCACCGAUCCACAGAGCCAUCUCUUAUUUGGUGUUAAUAUAGAUCAACCUUCAUCUCUUCUAAUGCAAAAUGGGAUGUCAAGCCUUAGGGGAAUUGGAAGUGAUAGUGACUCAGCUACUAUAUCCUUCUCUUCUAAUUACAUGAGUACUGCAGGUGCUGAGUUUUCAAUUAAUACAGCAAUGACACCUUCCAGUUACAUUGAUGAAUCGGGAAUCUUGCAGUCUCCAGAAAAUGUGGGCCAAGGAAACCCACAAACUAGAACCUUUGUUAAGGUUUAUAAAUCAGGGUCCUUUGGGAGGUCAUUGGAUAUCUCCAAAUUCAGCAGCUACAAUGAGCUGCGGAGUGAACUUGCACGCAUGUUUGGCCUUGAAGGCCUGUUGGAGGACCCUUUGAGAUCAGGCUGGCAGCUUGUAUUCGUUGACCGGGAGAAUGACGUUCUUCUCCUUGGUGAUGAUCCCUGGCCGGAGUUUGUGAACAGUGUCUGGUGUAUCAAGAUACUUUCACCGCAGGAAGUGCAGCAAAUGGGCAAACAAGGCCUGGAGCUUUUAAACUCUGUCCCAGUUCAGAGGCUUUCUAACGGCGGUUGUGAUGACUAUGUAAGCCGGCAGGAGUCUAGAAAUUUGAGCUCCGGUAUUGCUUCUGUGGGGUCUUUGGAUUACUGAACAAUUUGACCGGUUAAGAUAUUGUUUUUCUCCUGUAAUAUUAGCGUCUCUUGCAACCCUUUUAUAGAAGGUGGAAAGAGCUGCCUAGCUCUAGCUUGAAGUUUAUAUAUAUAUAUAUAUAUAUAUAUGCUAAUACUGUAAUUAUAAGAGAUUUUUGUCGUCUAUGUUAUUGAAAUAUGUAUAAGCCAUAUUUAUUAGGAUAUGAAAUAUUUGUGAAGUCUUGCCUUUACCACUCAUUCUUGAGUAGUCAAUUUAUUGUGAGGUGAAGGUUAAAAAACAAACGACAAUGAAUUUGAUGUUGAACUAUUUUUAAAGUUUCCCUAGUUUUGAAAAUUCCUCUCUGGAAUGAAAUUGGAUGGCUGAUAAUCCCAGAGCCAUGUGAUGGGUCCUUGUACUAAUUAUUUGUCAAAAACCAACCGAUACUGCAUUCCAUUAGUGUGAGAAUGGCCCCCUUUUCUUGUUUUGUUCCAACUUUUGGAAAGUGAACAUGAUCCCUACUUUCACUAUCAUCAUCAGCUCAUCAACCUUGCUUGGUUGUCAAUAUCCAACCUGAAGGGAAAACAUAUGCCAUCACUUCGACCCAAGUCACCUAUUUGAUGAAAGUGAGACCAGUCCUUCAAACGUAUCGGGGAAAAAAAAGGUCUAGCGCCGUGGUUUUUGAGGACUGAUAAAUGAUGGCACCUAGAGUGGACAUGUUUGAUGAUCAUCAUCUCCACAACAGCCAAUUUUAUGGGAAUUUCUACCACAUUCCUAUUUCCACUUGAGGAUGAAAUCCAUGAAUUUAAAAGAAGGGUGGGGAGAGAUAAAAAGGGAGAUAUUAGUUGAG